AUGCAGGUGCCUUACGUGAGGGUGGCGCCCGAGGACCUCCUGAGGGCCCGCUUCCCGCGCUUCUCGCCCCUGGACCUGCGGCCCACCAAUGCACAUGUCAGCCUAGCCGUGGUGGACUUGCUCUCCUUCUUCAACAGCACUAGCGCCUGUCUACUCUGCGCCAGGGCUGACUGUUUGAUGAACCUGGAGCAGUUACUGCGUCAGUCCCUAAUCUCUAAGGAGACGCUGACUGUUCGUGUGCUGGAUGACAGUCAGGACCCCAUGCCUGUUCUAAAAGAGAUCCGCAACGACCAGACUGACACCAUCAUAGUGGAUGCCAAUGCCACUGUGUCCCACCUCAUCCUGGAACGGGCGUCAGAGUUGGGGAUGCUGUCCAUCUACUACACCUACAUCUUCACCACAAUGGAGUUCUCUCUGCUGCAGUUGGAUGACAUCCUGGUGAAGCGCUGGGUCAACAUCCUUGGCUUCUCUGUCCUCAACCACAGCCAUCCUUACUUCCCUGACCUCCUCCUCAGUCUCAACCGCUCCUGGCAGGAAAACUGUGACCAUGCCCCUUUCACUGGGGUCCCGCUCUCCCCAGCCCUGCUGUUUGAUGCCAUGCAUGUGGUGGUGUCCGCUGUGAGGGAGCUCAACCGCAGCCAGAGCGUGGGCGCCACACAGCUAACCUGUCAAUCACCCAAAAUCUGGGAGCACGGCACGAGCCUGAUGAACUACCUACGGAUGGUAGAAUUGGAAGGUCUAACUGGACACAUAGAGUUCAACAGCAAAGGCCACCGCUUCAACUACGCCCUGAGGGUCAUACAGAGCAGCUCAGAGGGGCUAAGGCAGGUUGGUGAGUGGCAUUCGGAGCACGGUCUGUCCAUGGAGAGCGACAUCAACCUCCUCAUCAUGGGCGGCACCAUCUUCAACACCACCCUCACCAUCACCACCAUCUUGGAGAACCCCUACGUGAUGCUGAGGUCCGAACACCAGGCCCUGGAGGGCAACGAGCGCUACGAAGGAUUUUGUGUAGACAUGCUGCGAGAGCUGGCCGAGCUGCUGCACUUCAGCUACCGUCUGCGGCUGGUGGCGGACGGCGUGUACGGCGUGCCCAGUGCCAACGGCACCUGGACGGGCAUGGUGGGUGAACUCAUCUCUAGGAAAGCUGACCUGGCUGUAGCGGGGCUCACCAUCACCUCAGAGAGAGAGAAGGUCAUUGACUUCUCCAAACCCUUCAUGACCCUGGGCAUCAGCAUCAUGUACACAGCACACAUGACACGUCGACCAGGCUACUGGUCCUUCCUAGACCCUUUCUCUCCAGGCGUAUGGCUCUUCAUGCUGCUGGCCUACCUGAUCGUCAGCUGUGUGCUCUUCCUGGUGGCCAGGCUAACGCCGUAUGAGUGGUGUAGUACUGAGCCAUGCUUGCGGGGGCGCUGUAAACUGGUGCUGAACCAGUACACUCUGGGAAACAGUCUGUGGUUCCCUGUGGGGGGGUUCAUGCAGCAAGGCUCAGCCAUCACCCCCCAUGCCCUGUCCACACGCUGCCUCAGCGCUGUCUGGUGGUUCUUCACCCUGAUCAUAGUGUCCUCCUACACAGCCAACCUGGCUGCCUUCCUCACCGUUCACAGGAUGGAGGUGCCCAUCGAGUCUGUAGAUGACCUGGCAGACCAGACCACCAUAGAGUACGGCACCAUGCAGGGAGGGUCCACCAUGACCUUCUUCCAGAACUCUCAGUACCAGACCUACCAGCGCAUGUGGAACUUCAUGCAUGCCAAGCAAACCAGUGUGUUCGUGAAGAGCACGGAGGAAGGCAUCGACCGGGUGCUCAAGUCCAACUACGCCUACCUGUUGGAGAGCACCAUGAACGAGUACUACCGCCAGCUCAACUGUAACCUCACCCAGAUAGGAGGCGUGCUGGACACCAAAGGCUACGGCAUCGGCAUGCCACUGGGCUCAGUGUACCGGGACGAGAUCGACCUGGCCGUACUCAAACUCCAAGAGGACAACAGGCUGGAGAUCCUUAAGAGGAAGUGGUGGCGGGGAGACAAGUGUUCCAAAGAGGAUGACCGUCGAGCACAGGGGCUGGGCAUGGAGAAUAUAGGUGGGGUCUUUAUUGUCCUGUUGUCUGGUCUACUGCUGGCUGUGUUCAUGGCGGGGCUGGAGUUUGUCUGGGUGCAGCAACACUCUCCGAGGUCAGAGGUGAGGUGUCAUCUGUAGCUGCUCUCCCAGCUUAGUAGCCAGCU